AUGGUGGAAAUACUUUUAGAUGGUGUUAAAAUUUACGUUAUUUAUGCAGAAAAUUCAUUUAAAAAAACACAAAAUUGUUCUAAUUAUUCUCUAUAUUAUUUUGAAUAUAAAUUUGAAAGAGAAUUAAAUAAUUAUGGAAAAUAUAUUAGUAUUGGGCUAGAAAAUUGUAGUACAAAAGAUUGGAUUGAAUUUUAUGCAGAGUUUGAUAAAAUUACAAACGAGACAGAUGAAGCAACACCUACUUGGAAAAAUAAUGAUAUUUUUGGUUGUGGAUUAGUUUAUCCUCCAACUAAUAAAACAAAUGAAGAAUUUCCUUAUGUUUUCUUUACAAAAAAUGGAAAAUAUAUUCGAAGAGUUUCAUUUAUAAAUCCCAAUUCUGUCUCGUAUAGACCAUUUGUUGCGUUAGAAUGUUGUUCUGUUGAAACAAAUUUUGGAAAUGAUUUGGAGAAUAAACAAUUUAAAUAUGACAUUACAAAGCAUUUAGUUAUUAAAUAA